UCACGAAGGACACCGCACAACAACGCAGACUUAAGAUGAAUUCUAUGUUCUUCUGGCUUCUUGUCGUCAAUGUGGCAUUAAUCGCGUCCGGGAAUGCGGCGGAGUGCUCUACAUCGGAGCUCCUGACGAUAGCAAGCGACACACACCUGGAAGGGUGCACUUCAGAUGUGGGGUUUGGCGGAUUUUCGGCCAUGUCGGCGCUUACGGCCGAACAUAUUCAGGCCGUUUGCGAUAGUUCUGACUGCAUGAAACUCAUGGACAGCAUGCGGUCAAUGAAUUUCGGCGACUGCACCAUUCAAGGCACGAAUAUCUCACUCGGGAAAGACAUCUUGGCCCCUUUCGAGCGGGUGUGCAGCGGCAGCGGGUCUGCGGACUUAUCCUCUAGCAGCGUCGGUGAUGAAUUGGUCGGUAGUUCUGCAAGUGGCCCAAGCUCAUCCGCCCCUACUACAUUGGUGGCUGCCUUUUGGAGCUCUUCGAUAACGCUGAUAUUCGCUGCGGUAGUCAUGUAAUUGGUUGCGAUUGAGUAAAUAUAUAAUAGUGUAAUUUUGGGUUUGUAGCUCU